GGCGCUCACGUCAUUCAGUCGUUUCCCGACUUCAACCGAGGGGUCCGCACUUGUAUAGGAAAACGACAACAUUGCUGCUGGCGUUUCAGACGACCUGACACAUCCGAUAAGUAACGCGAGGCUCGCUGCAGAUUUGUUUCCCCCCUCCCACAAUGAUAGAUGACAGGGCGGCUGCUGGUAAGAGCGCUUAGUCCAAGCAUCAUCAUUAUCAAAUGCAGUCUAAUCUGAAACCCGGCUGGCCCUCGACUUGCAACUCCGGAAAUAAUCACGGGAACUGGAAUAACAGUAUGGAUGCUCCUCAGUAUCCAGGCUACCCUCCACACUACUGGUAUCCUCAGUCUCAUUCCACAGGGCACUAUGCAAAUACCUAUCCCUCUGGAUCAGAUGUUCAACCACAGUACAAUCCACAGGUAAUGCCUGGUGGUUAUCCAAACGGCCAUGGAGUCUACAGUCCAGCACAGAGUCAGUAUUCAACAAGUGGUUUCCACCCAUCCAACCCUUUCUACUGUGCUGACCCUCAAAGACCGGCUCCGGGUUCUUAUCCUAACCAAGGCUGCCAUGCAGAGCAAAGCAGUGGGUCUUCUGGACAGCCUCAUUCUCAACACCAGCAUCAUCACUACCCUGGGCCACACUGCCAAGGGGGUCCUGGAUAUCCUCCCGGACCGUACCCUCACUACAAUGAUAGUGGCCAUGCGUUGCCUCCAAAUCCCCCAUACCCAACUGGCCAGUCACUUCAUCCCAGCCAGCAGGCUGACGCAUGGGGACACUCUGGUCCAUAUGUACCCUCACAGCAGCCAUGGCCGCCGGGGCAACAGCCUCCACAAAACCAUUAUGGGAAUCCAGUCCGUCCACCACAUCCUCCAGCGUGGCCAGGAACUGGAACAGGUGCUCCUCCACCGUACCAGCCCAAGGACCAACAGCACCAACGCGCCCCACCGGUGGGACCUAAACCGAAGCCAGCACCAUCCCCGAAUCCCCCCAGUGGUAAUCCUACUGAAAUAAGUUCUCCUCCACAAAUGUAUAAAACUGGGAGAGGUGAUCCUAAUGCUUCGCAAGCUGAGGCCCCGCCUUCGGUUCCAGCAUCAACUCCAAGUCAGGCUGCACCUCAGCCCCUGAGCGAUAACCCCAGUCUGGCUAAGGUCCAGCAGGUCAUGGCCAGAGUACUGCUGCUUCAGGAAGACGUUGAUGAGUUUGUUGGCAAAAAAACAGACAAGAGUUAUCGUUGUCUGGAGGAACUGCUUACCAAAGAGCUGCUGGUGCUAGACUCUGUGGAGACUCAGGGACAGGAGAGUGUCCGGCAAGCCCGAAAGGAGGCUGUACAGAGAAUCCAGGCCAUUCUGGACCAGCUGGAAAAGAAAGCUUUCUGAGCUGGACUUGUUCUGCUUGUGGGUCACUUUGUUUUCAUCUUCCUGAUCUUCCAUGGACAUGUUCAGGUUCUUGUCGUCUUUUGCUGACCAGUGUUGUAGGGAUUUUUUUUUUUUCUCCUCCCCACCACCAUGUUACUAUAGAACACCUGUGAAAGGUGGCAUGGACCAAAGAAAAAGACACAGCAGUUACUGGCACGUGGAAUCAAACUUUAAAGCCUAAUAAUGCUGGUAUAAAAGGUAUGGUGGUAUUAGACGUGAAAGCUCAUGGUUAUCUGCGUCAGCCUCAGUGAGUGACUCUAUCAGCUGCAAAAGCAGGAGCGAGUCACUGGAAGAUGAACUUGUGUAGUGCCACAUUGCAGCUCUCUGUUGUCUCUGAGUCAGGACGCAGAUUAUCAUCACGCUGUCCCUCAGGAAUGUGGGUCAGUUUCAGUCUGAUCCAAAGUGUAUCAGCUCUUGCACUUCUUUAGCAGGCUGUCGUUUCAUCUCACGGUCCCUUUGCAUGAUCAGGAAAUUGUGCUUUCACCUAAUGGAGUAAAUGCAUUUUGUCCAUAGCCACGUACCUCUCCAUGCCUCUGUCU